GUGGACAUGACGAAGGUGAAUGUGGACACACUGAAGCCGUGGAUUGCCAAACGAAUCACUGAACUUCUAGGCUUAGAAGAUGACGUUAUCGUUGAAUUUGUAUAUAAUCAGUUAGAAGAAAGGGUGAGAGUUUUUUUUGUAAUGGUUAUUUUCAUCCCAUCCAACAUGCCAUUUACUGCAUGAGUAUGCUCUUUUUUGUCUAGGAAUACAUUGAACCUGAAUAUAUAUGAUAGGAAUUAAAUCAGUGAUAAUUCAUAUCUAACCACAAACCAUAUAGUUAUCAUAAUCAGGGCACACAAUGCCUAGUGACAGUCUUCAUAUUUCUUUGUCAAAUUCCCAUCAGUUUUGAACUUAAGAAUACAUUGUGUAUUAUUAUUAUGUUAUCCAAGCUAAACAAGAAAACAGAUGUACAAAUUGUAUAUGUUGUUGUGCAUAGUUGUGUAGACGAAAGAGUUGUGCGAUUUACUUACUCUUGACUGUUUCCUUCCGCUAUUAGAGAAGAUCAUAAUUUCUCGUCAGCGAGCUAUCAGUGACAAGCCAAGAGAUGAUCUUGCAGGGUACAGUUAUUCCAUAGCUUUACAUAGUUAUCAGGACCAACCAAAAUACCCUUGAUCCUCGCGAUGAUGCUCCAUCGCAAAGGUGGCUCUUGCACAACAGGGCAGCCAUCUUGGAGCGCGGAUCACCAUCAUUCGGAUCUGCUACUGUUGACAGCCAACUUAAAAUUUAACAUUGUCAAGUAUUGUACUGGAAAAGCCAAUAGUGUCACAAUACCAUCGUUUGGAAAGUGGAAGAUGUUGUGUGGUUGCUUGUUAGUAAUGCAUGACAAUGAAUUUAUAAUGUACAUGAUCUUUGGAAGCAAACAAGUCUCUCAUAGCAAGGUGGACAGUAUCUCAAACCCAUCUCAUUUAGGAUAUAAAAUUGAUGAAAUGUGAUUGUAGAAUUAGAACUAUGAAUUUGUCUGAGGAUGUAAAACACUAGAACCUUAUUCAUCUACUACGACUGUCAAGAUGUUUGGCAUAGUUUUGGUUAAAUAAGGUUCUGGUAGAGGAGAAGAGAUGUUUUCAGCAGUAUAAUUAGCAUGCUACAUUGUGACCUUCAAGUUCAAAUAUUUUUUCAAAUUAUGAACCUUUCUUUUGACUUGUAGUCAUACUAGUAGGAGUACUAUAAGUUCAACAUGUUUGAUUAUAGUUGCAGUAGGGAUGUACAAAGUAUUGGAAUAUCAUAUACAUUUAAUAGGAUGUAAUCAGUUAAUGUGUUUUAGUUGCAUGUUAUUCAGACGUGAAGUUUUUCAGAAAGUUUAUGUAUUGAAGCUACAUUGACACUUUCUUCCAAGGAAUGAGUAUGGGUUUUAGAUAUAAGCAUUUUUUUCUCUGGCAUACACAAUACCAAUUGCUUAUGUAGUGUCAGUAUACAAGGGUUCCUGUAUGCUAGAGGUAGUGUUAUGGCAGGACAGUUAUUUAUGCAAGUGUUCUUCCCACCAUGUAUCUGCAGAUGCCAGACCCAAGGGAGAUGCAGAUCAACCUCACUGGCUUCCUCAACCCCAAGAAUGCCCGCAUCUUCAUGUCAGAACUUUGGGACUUGCUCUGUAGCGCACAAGAGAAUGUUGGUGGCAUUCCCACUGCAUUCCUUGAACAAAAGAAAGAAGAAAUCAAGAGAAGACAGGCUGAGCAGGAACGAAUCCAGACAAGUCUGAAGAAGCAUGAGGAGCAGAUCAAGGAGGCCCUGGCCAAAGAGAGAGAGAAGAGUGAAAAAAAGGACAGAGACAGCAGACGGACCCGAUCCAAAUCCAGAUCUCCCAAUGACAGGAAACGUAAAUCUAGAUCACCUGAAAAAAAGCGGAAGUCACGAUCACCUUCUGACAGGAAGCAUAAAUCAAGGUCAGAGACACCAAGGAAAGAAUCUCCCUCCUCUAAACGAUCUCCAUCACCAAAGAGGGAAGAUCCCGACAGCAGUAAAACUGAUGUCAAAACUGAAAAUGGAACUACAGAAAAGAAAGAUGUAGAGAAAAAGGAUGACAACAAAGAAAAUCAACCUGAAAAGGCUACAUCACCUAGCACUAAGACAGACAAAAAGAGUCGAGACAAAUCCCGGUCAAAAUCUCGCAGCCCAGAUAGAAAGAAGAGACAUCGCAGUAGAACUCCAGAAAGGAAAAGGAAGAGGAGUAGAUCCAGAUCAAGGUCUCCCCGUAGAAGACGUUCACCUAGACGCUAUUCACCUAGACGAUCUCCCCGACGUUCCCCUAGGCGUUCCCCUCGUCGCAGACGAUCCCGAUCUAGGUCCCGAUCUCGACAUAGACAUAGUUCUCCCCGAAGAAGGGAACGCUCCCCACGUCAUCGGAGGUCCAAGAGUCCUGUCGCUAAGAGACCACCAAGGAGAAGACGCAGCCCCUCCUCCAGUUCAGACUCGGACAGCUCAGGAAGCUCUGAUUCACGCACCCGUUCCAAGCAGAAGUCUAAGACAGGAAAGGGCAGUGAUGAGGAUGGCAAUGAUUCUGCUGGGAAGGUAGGCGUACAACAGCGCCGUCACUAUCGUAAACACGACACUGAAGAGAACUCUGACUCUGACUCUUCAUCUUCAUCAUCAGAGGAUGAAAGAGAUAAAGGGAGACAAAAGCGGAAUAUGAGGAGAUCAAGCUCACCAAGAGCUCGGCGGCGUUCUCCUCCCUUCAGACGAUCACCAUCACCACGGAGAUUUGGAGGCAGAAACAGGAUGUCGCCUGUAUUGAGACGAAGACCUCCACCUCCUCACUUCAGAAGACCUUCUCCCCCAAGAUACCGUUCACCACCGAGGAGAAGUCCUCCCAGACACAGGAUCAGUCCCAGGGGCAGAGCAGGAGGGUAUGACAGUAGGUUUAAGUCACGUUCCCGAUCCCGAUCACCCCCUCCUAUGAGACGAAGGCGUAGCUCAUCCUCUCCUGUCCAAAGGCGAACCCGACCUAGCGCAUCACCCCCUCCACAGAUGAGGAGAGGAUCGCCAAGAAGACGGCCUAUAUCCCGGUCUCCCUCACCUGCCAGACAGAGAGCUAUGCAAAGAAGAAGACCGCCAUCAUCAUCAUCAUCAGACUCUGAUUCAUCCCCUCAUCCAGUGAAGAGACAGUUAUCACCUCCAGCACGCAGGCGCAAACCCUCGCCACCACCAAAAAAGAGGGAUCCAUCUACUUCAUCAUCAGGUUCCUCAUCACCAGCUCCUAAACAUAGAGAUGAAUUGACAGACCCAUCACCUAAGAGAAAACUUAAAGCCCCAGUUUCUAAAUCUCCUGUUCAUAGGCGUAAUACUAGAGAAUCACCAGUAAGAAGACGACAAAUAUCACAGUCAUCCCCAUCACCUCCCAGACGAAGACAAAACUCAACAUCAUCUCCAAGAAGAAAACAGAAGGACACCUCAGACAGUCCACCACCGCGUAGACAGAUUAUGGUGACACAGAAGAGAACAAGGCGCGACAGCAACUCCUCGACUUCACCUUCACCACAUAGAGUAGCCAAAGAGAGCCGUAAACAGCCAGCCAAGGUAAGAGGAGACAAGGUGUUGGAUGAUCGACCUCCAAGGAGAAAGUCUGUCACUCCAGAGCCAAGAUCAAGGAAGGCAAAGAGAGCUCCAUCUUACUCACCGGAACCGCCAGUUCCAGGACUUUCACCCCCCAGGGUGGACUCGGAUGAGGAGGCCCCAGCAGGUGAGGACACGUUCAGGAGGGUGAUCACUAUCAAGAAGGACAAGCCUGAGGCUGGUGAUGCUCCAAGGAGAAGGGAAGCUAGUUCAAGUCCAACUCGGGCCAAUGGGGAAACACCCAAGAAGAAGGCAAAGAUGGAGAAAGCAGCAGCAGCAGCAGCAGCAUCACAAAGUGGUUCAGAGAGCUCAGAGGGUGACCAGGUAGCCAAGAAGAAGAAAAAGAAGAAGGACAAGAAGCACAAAAAGCACAAGAAACAUAAGAAACACAAGCAUAAGAAGGAGGCCAAAGAUGCUGCUGAGGGUUCAGACAGUGGUGAGGGGGACACGCUAGAGGAGCUGGAGAAGAAGCUGCGAGAGAAGGCUCUCAUGUCCAUGAAGAUGAAAGUUGGUGCUGUGAUGGAGGGGCAGGAUGUCUAACAUCACUAUCACCCUUAAUCCAGUUGGCUGUUGUUCCAUGUUCAUACAAAACAAACAGUGGGCAUUCUGUUAUUACUCCUUGGGACUUGGUCAUAAUAUACAUGUAAUUGUACAGAGUAGCUUUAAAUUCAGUCCAAUCAACAUUACUUUCAAGUGAAUUGCCAAAAUUCCAUUUGUCUAGCAUUGAAUGAUGGUUUCAUGUUUGGAGAUGAUGGAUGCUAUUUGCUGCAUGAAAGGUUGGAACUGUUGUCAUGGGUAGUUUAUAAGAUUGUAACUGAAAAUUCCUGAAUUCUCUUGGAUCAGUGAUUGAUAAAUCCAUUCCCUUUGUAUUUGCUUUUCAAACUAUUUGUAGAUCACUGAAAUGAGAAAACCUGUAUAGUAGAAAUGGAAAUUUGGGUUGUGUACAAUCUUAGUUUGUUUCUUCAUAAUGUUUCAUGAUUCCAUUUCUGGAAACUUAUGUACAAAAUGUGUAUAACGACUUGCAUCCUGCUAAAGAAUCAAGGUUUGCGACAGCAUGACACUGUUCCAUUGAUUCCUCAAAACUGAAGACUAGUUUAUACACCACAAUUAUGGAGCAAUAAGGACUAGCCAUGCUGCUGAGAAUAUAUCACAGGUAACCACUCUCUUGUUCACCUACUUGCUUAUGUCGUGAUAUUAAUUUAUACUUUUUCACUGGUCAUGUGAUGCUGUUGGUGUGGCUAGAGGAAAUGUGUGAAGGUUUGUUAAAUAUGUUGGUCAUUUUUGUCACUGGCCAACACCGACACUAAAUAAAUCAAACAAUAUAUCAUUAUACCAGAGUUACCAUUUGACACUUAGCUGUACUUAAAAAAAGAGUGCUUAAAUUACCCUUCAAAUUUAAAAUACCUUCUAUUCUGAUAAUGUUUGUUUUUUCUUUGACUUCGUUUGCAUGUUACUCUGAGAAGCAGGGUAUGAAUUGCAAGAAAUCAAUUGUCGAUAUUGAAAGGUAAUUUCAGAGAUUAUUAUAUUGUAUUCCUGUCCUGUGAAUUUACUCUUGUCAGAAUAUAUCAUGUUUUGGACAUAGUAUGACACAGAACACAUGGUCUUGUCAUUCUCAAUCGUAAGGUGCUUGUCCAAAUGGGUACUGUUAUUCUGUAAAUAGUUACUGAAAUCACAUUAGUUGUUCAAUGUUACAAGUUAUCCAACUAAAUGUAAAUGCAACAGAACUCAAGGCAUUUGAAAUGCACCAUAAUUUUAAGUUGAACUGAGAAAUUAUUCCAUUUUGUUUUCUUGUGUGGGAUGGAAUGUCUGCAAUGGUUUUAAUGUAUUACGGUAUUGUAUUCGGCAAUACUGUGCUUUUUGAAGUAUUUUAGAAGUUUACUUUCAUUUUAAUCAACAUUUCACACUUCUUGUUUGAAAGGCCUUAAAAUAGUUAGAGCAUUUCUCUUGCAAGGCUGGUUUCAUAUUCGGUGAUGCUUUGUGUCACUGGUACAAUAAAGUCAUGAAAAUAA